CGUAGCCGGAUUUGGAUUGCUGAAGCCGGUUGAUUCAUAGGAUUGAUUAUUUUGUGUUGAUGUGUCGAUGGUAGUAUUGUCGACGCAUUCACCUCUGUUAUUGUUUAUCUCACUUUUGUUUAUCUUUAGCGACGGGCGCCGAAAGACUGGCGCAAACCGUGUCGUCGACGAUGUUUACACUGCCCGCUUUCUUGGCGCAAUGCUGCAAAGCAGCUAUGGACGUGAUGACUAGCGUGCCGCUUGCUGUCGGUUAUGCGAUUCAACCGUACUGGACAGAAAGCAACAUUUUUGCUUUCGCAUUGUUUAUGUCGUGGUUGACUUACGUCUGGGAGACUUACCUUUCCUACAGACAGUACAAAAUGUGCAAAGCUACGCCCCGUGUUCCUCCCGAGCUAACGGCUAUAACGGACCAAGAGACGUUCUCGAAAGCAAGACUGUAUCAGCUCGACAAAAUGAAGUUCGGUUUCUAUUCCAGUCUUUGGAACGAGCUGGAGACUACGGUUGUGCUGUUGUUUGGUGGAAUUGCCUUUUUCUGGCAUCUCUGCGAGGGUUUAGCGGCCAGAGCUGGUGCUCCUAACCAUGAGCUUGCGGUCACAUCCUUGUUCAUUUUCGGAGGAUCCCUGCUUUCCACUCUGCUUGAUUUGCCAUGGUCUAUAUACUAUACCUUUGUGCUUGAAGAGCGCCACGGUUUUAACAAACAGACUCCCGGGUUCUUUGCAAAAGACAGAGUAAAGAAGUUCUUCCUGAUGCAACUCGUCAUUCUGCCCAUUUCCUGUGGUGUUGUGCAAAUCAUCAAGAUGGGCGGAGAAUAUUUCUUCAUCUACUUGUGGUUCUUCACUCUCAUUGUCUCAGUUCUGAUGUCGUUUAUCUACUCGGACUUCAUUGCACCACUUUUGGACAAGUUCACACCACUGCCCGAAGGAGAGCUGAAAACAAGGAUUGAAGGGCUGGCGGCUAGCAUCAUUCCACUCAAGAAGCUUUUGGUUGUAGAAGGUUCAAAGAGGUCAUCGCACAGCAACGCGUACUUCUUUGGCCUCUUCAAGGAGAAGAAGAUUGUGUUAUUCGACACCUUGUUCGAGAAAGAUGCGACAACUGAAGGCGAGAAUGGGGGCAUUGUCAAUGAAGAGAAUGUGAGCAAGUCUAAGGCGGAGCCUGAAAAGAAGCAGCAGAAAAAAACUGGCUGCAACAACGAUGAGAUCCUCGGAGUCCUGGCCCAUGAACUAGGACACUGGAAGCUUAGCCACGUGAUUAAAAAUUUCGUCAUUGGCCAGGUGCACCUGUUCUUUUGUUUCAUGAUCUUCUCUCUGCUCUAUACGGAUGACCGAGCAUACCGGGCAUUUGGUUUCUAUGACUACAAGCCCGUUUUCAUUGGGCUGAUGCUGAUCUUCAUGUACAUAUUUUCUCCCUACAACACUCUUGUCGACUUCCUGAUGACCGUCCUGAGCCGGCGCUUCGAGUUCCAGGCAGACGCCUUUGCACGUCGCAUGCAUCAUGCGUCGUUCCUGCGAAGUGCGCUGAUCAAGCUGAACCGGGACAACCUCAGCUUCCCAGUAUACGACUGGCUCUAUUCCUCCUGGCAUCACUCACACCCGCCGGUGCUCGAGCGCGUCCGCGCACUCGGCAAAAUCGACUGAGCUCUGCCGCAUGAUGCCGACACUUGACAUCUUUGACUCGGGCUCACUCAACCUGUGCUAUUGGAAAACGUUAUGAGCUGCGUUUUUGUUCCCAGUUUUUGUUCAUCGCACUUGUAAUGAUUCAGUCCCUGUUUUACUUAAUGACGUGAUUGGUUCUAAAAAGGCUGCUUGUUGCCCGACCCAGUGGCUAACAUAGCUUCACCGGGACUGAAGUAAAACACAUCUUACCAGAAUGCAAACAUAACCUUAACCUGGCUUGUCUGGUAUUUCAACUAGUGACUUGCACAAUGGCUUCAGAAUACGUUAAAGAAAGGUAACAGAAAAUGUUUGGUCUUAUUGUAUCUUCAUAUUCCUUUGUAUCUUGGUAAGUUUUAUUUAACCUGUAGGCUUUUGGG